AUGGAAAGUGACUUGACCUCUCCCAACAACACUGAUACUUUCGGUCUCGAUGAUAUCUUGAGUGCGCAGGCAGAUGAUGAUGACAAUGAUUUCAAACCAUCCAUCACAAUCAAACACAUUGAAACUGCACCAAAUUCUCACGACGACAAGAAGAAGAAACGAAUCAGAGAACAGAAAGGUCAAAAUUUUAUUACUUUUUGCAAUAUUUUGGUUAUUUUGUUCAGUUUUGCAAUCUUAAUUGCAAUUAUAUGUUUAAUUACAAUUCCUAAUCAGUUUGCUCAGGAAAUUCCUUCGGUUGACUUGAUGGGGAAGAGAACUGAUUUGUAUGCUGUUUAUGUUGUGUUGAGAGAUUUAAUUCGGUUGGCUAUUGAAAAUCGAGGUGGCUAUUCGAUUCAAACUGGUUAUUACUAUUAUCUGCCCUAUAGAAAUUAUUUGAAUAGUUCAAUAGCUGAAAUGGCCAAACUGUUUCCUGUUGGAUACACUCAUCCAUUUUUGGAAAGGAAAUUAGAAACCUUUCCAAUAUUUGAAAAACAUUGGGAUCACAUGAUUGAAAAAACCUGUUCAUUUAUUACGGUGAAUGGAACACUUUAUGUUUAUCUUAACGAAACUCUCCAACAGGAAGCAAGAGAUGAAUUGUAUUCUCCUGGAUAUGCAACAGAUUUCAAUGAAUUUCAAGCGUUGUUGUUUGAUUUUUUGGAUUCGGCAAGUUUAAUCUCAACUAGAGCAGAUUAUUUGAGAAAGGAUUCGUUGAUUGUAUCCAUUUCAUUGAUUUGUUUGAGUGUUGUCGUGUUAAUUCCAACAAUAAUUCUGCUCUUUGUUUUUGCUAUUCGAAAUGAGAAACGAAAUAAGAUUCAUUUUCACAAUGCCAAUAAUUCUCUGAUGAAGGACACUAUGAGUGAUGAUUUUUCUAGAAUGAAAUUCAAAUUUUCAUGUCAAAAUAGUAAUUUAUUGAAUGAAUUCCUACUUUUGGAAAAAAUUCAGUUUUACAAGGAUUAUUCCAAUGAAUCUUUGAACAUGCAGAUGAAACUAUUCGAAAUAGCACAUCAAUUGUUUGAUAAGCAAGAGGUUGGACCAAAUGAAACAUCAAUUACCAAAGCAUAUAAUGAAAUUGAAAAAGCAAUUAGUUAUUUAGAAAGAUUGAAAUACGAAACUGUAAUUGAAAUAAUGGAUACUUAUGAAAUUUCAAGUGUGGAUUCAGGAAUCAUUGAUAAUUACAAUAAUAGAGAAGAUGUAUUUGAAGAAAUUGAUCUUCUCCCUCCAACUCUUUUCCAACAAUUAGCAAAUGAUUUAACCGAAACAUUAGCAGAAACUCACAUCCACUAUUUAGAAUCCAGAGGAAAUGGCAAGAUGAUCGACCUGGAAGAUGUUCAUAUUCAAAACCAGACAAGUAUAUAA